AUGAUAGAUACAUCCAAAGACUUGACGUUCUCGAAUAGUCCGGCUCCUGAUAAGAAGAUCUUGCUCGUGCAAAAUUCCUUGGUAAGUUCAGAGCCAGUGUGUGUGGUCAGAAUCAAAGAUGGAGACACUAUUUCAGUAAUUUUUGAUCAGAUUUUCAAUAGAACUGUGGACAUAGACGACCUGUAUAUCAUCACUGAAGAUUGCACAAUUGUAACUGACCCAGACACUCUUGAUAACAGGCAAAAAGUGAUUCUUAUCUCCGCUGAAAAGUUAGCAGAGCUCAGGAAAAAGAACCAUAAGGUUGAAGUAUGGCCUAAAAAAGAGGAAAGAAGAGGAAGACCUAGAAAAUAUCCUCCAGCUGAUCCUCUUGAAGCUGAGAAAUGGUUCCAAUCUAGAGGAAUAAAGCCUCCUCCUGAAGUCCAGAAGAAGAUAGAUUCGUUGAAAAAUAAGAAAGGUCUUGAGGAUUCGGACGACAGUGAAGAAGGAAAUGGACUCUUUGAUAACUUUGAUGCCCAUACUAUGGCUAAGGCAAGACCAGAAGAGAGCAAGGUAGGAUCUAAUCAUCUUGAAGAAGACCUUGAUUCCUUAUUCAAUAUGGGAAAUAUCCUUAAUUCUGAAACUGCAGAAAUGAUGGGAAAGAAAGUAGGACUUUCAACUCUUGAUGCCAAUCAUGAUAUCUCUGUUAAACAAGAGAAGUUAGGAGAGACAGAAGACGCUAAAAAGAUCUUUGAAGGGAUAAAGAUUGAAGGAGAAUCCGAGAGCUUAAAUGAUCCUCUUGCAAAAGAAAUCUGGGCACCUAAUGUUCCGAUCUCGACAUCCAACAUUCGGGAUAAAUUUAGAGAAGAGAAUCACAAAAUAUUUUCAAAGAUAAAUGCUAGGCUGAAGGCAACCCCGAUGGCUUAUGAAGAUUUUGUUUUGCAAACAAAAGGGCCUAAAUUUAAACUACCAAUCUGAAAUAAGGAAUAUCGUGGAUUAAGUGAGGAUUAUGAGCUUAUACCUGAUUACAUGGGCUCUUUUGCCAGUGCACUUUGUUGAGCAUUUGAUAUUCAAGACUUCGACAAGAUCUCAAUCAUUAAACGUGAUUUUCAGAAAAUAUUAAAUUCAGCAUUUGAAUCAUGGGUAAAAUUGAAAGCUCUAGCGAUCCCUACUCAGACUAAAGAACGAUUCUGAAGGAAUUGGCAUAAUGAGAAAGAAUUUUUGAAAGAUAUAUGUCGGAAACACGAAAUCACCAAGGAAACCUUACUGCAAAAUAUUCAAACAUAUAUGAUCAACCAGCAGGUUGAUAUCUCAAUUUCUAGAGUCAAAUCUGAAGAAUAUCGUACUAUAUCGGUCAAAAUGAGAUACAUCCUUGAUGGUCUCGCUAGCAGGAUUGAUCGAAAUAACUUCAGGACUAAAUAUGAACAUUUUACAAUCAGUUUGGUAAAACAGCAUCAGAAGGUCUGUGCGAUAUUUAAUAAACCAUCAGGAAAGUUGUUUAGGUUCUAUAAACUUUGAAAGACUAGUAAAUGACCACUGAGACACACAAUGCUUAAUGCUACACAAGAGUCCAUAAAGCAACACCAUGAUGGCUUGAUUCUUGAUGGAGUGGAACAUAAUAGUGUCCAGAUAGCACGCUUUAACCUUCCUCGGAUAGGUAACAAAGACAGAGACCUAAGAUCCUGUCUUGACCCAAAUCUAGUUAUAAAUUUAGAUGCUAAUGCUUCAGAAGUUGAUGCUUCUGAAGUUGAUGCUUCCGAAGAAGAUAAAUAA